AUGAAGGCUUCUACUUUCAUGGCGCUGGCGUCGUUGGCAUUCCUUGCGGCGCUCGCGAUCCUCCACCCCGUCACUGCCUUUUCCCCUGCUCCUGUGCUGAGGGAGUCCAGAUCUCUCUCGCUCCGCAACAGCCUGUCACGCAGAGUGGUCUGCUCUGCUCAGGAUUCUUCCCAGCUGGACAACUUGAAGCGCAAGGCAACCGCCACCAUCUCUGGAUUUUUGGUCGCUUCCUCGAUCCUCACUGGGACCGUGCUCCCCGUCGCAGCCCAGGCUCCCGCCAAGGAGCUCACUUUCGAGCAGAGAGCAGCUGAGGCUGAGAAGCGCGCUCAGGCUGCUGCGGCCAAGGCCAAGGCUGCCAAGGCUGCUCUGGAGAAGGAGUUGAAGGACCGUGCCGAGAAGGAAAAGAAGGCGCGCGAGGAGGCUGAGAGGAAGCUCCGAGAGGAGGAGAAGAAGGCAAAGGAGGCCAAGAAGAAAGCCGAGGAUGAGAUCAAGAAGGCUAAGGCUGAAGCUGAGAGGAAGAAGAAAGAGGAGGCGAAGAAGAAGGAGGAGGCGAAGAAGGCUGCGGAGAAGAAGAAGCAGGAGGACGAGAAGCGGGCCAAGCAGAUCAAGGAGCAGAAGGGCAAGGUAGAGAAGGCCAAGAAGGAGGCCAAUAGCGCCAAACAGGCUCUUGACAAGAAGACUGGCGAGCUCAAGAAGCUCUCCGAGAGGUUGAUCUCCAGCACCAGCAAGUUCGAUGACCUUGAGAAAGCACUGGAUGCUGCUCAGAGCGCCAAGGACCUCAAGAAGGAGGAGCGUCUUCUGAAUGACAUCGGCAACAUCGAGAACGAGGUCAAGAAGAUCAAGCAGGAGGAGUCGAAGCUCAAGUCGGAGCAGUCGAAGCUCAAGGGUGAGUUCGACAAGAAGGCUUCCGUCGUCACCUCCGAGGAGAAGAAGCUUGCUAGCCUCACCCCUGCUCCCAAGGCAAGUGCCCUCCUCCUCCUCCUCCCUCCCUGUCUGACAACACGACAGGAGGCCCCUAAGAAGCAGGAGGCCCCUAAGGUUGAGGCACCCAAGGCCGCUGCCCCUGCCCCUGCUGCCAAGGGAGCUGCUAAGACGGAAGCUGCUCCUGCCGCCAAGAAAUAG